AUGAAGCCAUUUACUUGGACUUACAUCGCGAGCUUGGCUCUCGGAGCCUCUGCCGGCCCCAUUCCGGAUGAGAUGAAGCUGUAUCUGAACAGAGCUACUACCGUCACUGCUUCCGAGGUUUCGUCCUUUGACUUGUAUGCCGAGUAUGCUGCGGCAGCCUACUGUAACACUGAGGACGAUGUCGGCACCGUCGUUACAUGUAUUGAUGGUGUUUGCUCAAACGUCACUGCCGCCGGCGCCACGGUGACUGCCACCUUUGCCGGUGAUGCUACCGAUAUUCAAGGAUUCGUGUCUACCGAUGCCACGAAUGAGGUCAUUGUGGUUUCGUUCCGCGGCUCGCACUCUGUACGAAACUGGAUUACCGACUUGGUUUUCGUUCAGGAGUUGUGUGAUAUCACCACCGGCUGUUUGCUCCACACUGGCUUCUAUGCCGCAUGGCUCGAGGUUAAAGAUGUCAUUACUGCCGCUGUGAGCGCGGCAAAGACGGCCAACCCAUCAUACAGCAUUGUCUUUACUGGCCACUCCCUGGGCGCCGCCGUCGCCACUGUUGGUGCAGCUUACACUCGCAAGGAUGGCUACUCGAUCGACAUUUACACCUACGGCAGCCCCCGUGUCGGCAACAGGGCCUUUGUUGCCUAUGUGACGGACCAGGCUGGCGCCGAGUACCGCGUCACCCAUCUCGACGACCCGGUGCCCCGUCUGCCCCCGAUCAUCCUCAACUACCGCCACACUUCGCCCGAGUACUGGCUGUCGGACGGUACCGCCAACACGACCGAAUACACUGCUAGCGACAUUAAAGUGUGCGAGGGCUACGCCAGCCUCUCCUGCAACGCCGGCACCACUGGUUUCGACACGACUGCACACGGCUAUUAUUUUGGCGACAUUAGCGGAUGCAGUCCCGAUGGCACCCCGCUCAGGAAGAGAGAUGACACCGACAACAGCGACAUGACGGAUGCCGACAUUGAGGCCCAGCUCAAUGACUAUGUUGUCCAGGAUGCCGACUACCUUGCCACCAACCUGACUGGAGACAUUUGGGGUUAA